AUGGAUGUUCUCUAUUCAUUAUUGGAUAUUGAAAAUCAACAACUUAAUAUGAUAGUAAAAGACCAAAAGUUUGCUACAAGUCUCAAUUUUGUAUUGACAAUGAUAACUAAUAAUGUAUUGUUGAUUGAUGAUUGUAAACUUGAUCGAUUCUGUAUAAAUACUUCGUCAAAAAUUGCUCUUAAUAUUAAAUCUCUUAUUGUUGAAUCGGAAUCUAUGGAACGUAUUCUUCUUGCUGCUGAUUAUCCUAAUCUAGUUGUACUUAAAUUCUUCAAUUUCAAUAACAAAACUGCUUCGAAAUAUUUUACAGGUAAAACAUUCUUCUACUAAUAUGAACACAGAGUUUGAUAGACACGUUGUAUAUUCUACAUGGUAUUUAAUUAUUUCUCUUAAUUUAGUCAAGUCACCAUUUCACAAGAUACCUGAAAAACAAAUUCGAGAUCUUAUGUACACAAAUAUAUAGUUAAAUUCUUCAAAAAUCUAAAACAUUUAUCUUUUACUAGAUCAUGUGUACUUUUAUCAUUUCGUAAUUUACCUUUGACAGCUUACUCUUCUUCUUCUUCAACUAUUUACAAAUUAUCUAUUUGUGUAAAUCGUUUUUGAAAAUUGUAACACUUUACUUGAUGAUCGUAUCAAACAGUUAACUAUGUUUAUUGUUAAAAUUUCUGAUGAGAAUUAUCAAUAAUCAAUUGUUUAUAAUAUGGUAAAUCACUUUAUAAAUAUAUUAGUUUUUCAAAUUCGAACAAAAUAAUAUUGGUGACAAUAUUAAUUUAAUCUUAUAAUAGAUUUUUUUCAUAUAAAUUAAUAUUCAUUUAACCUAACUAUACGCUAAAUAUUUAUAAAAUCGUGAUGAUCUAUUUGAUGAACAAAUAUAGCAAAUUUCAUGUCGAGGGUGUGGGUGUGGGUGGGUAUAUGGGAUGUGGGCAUAGAUGCGAGAAAAGUCUGAACCGUUUCUUCACACCGAUACCCAACACCCACACCCCAAAAAACAAGUAAUGCUUGAAUCGACGAAAAAAGAAGGUUUAUCAAUUUAAAAAAUCGUUAACCAAGACAAAUUGUAUCCAGUAAACCUUGGAAUAAACAAAAACAAAUCUCAAAUAACUAAAUAUUCUUUUCCUUUUUUUUAGAUUGAUUAUUUCUUAGAAACAAAGCCUUAAU